GGCUAGAAAGACUGAGAGAGAGAGAGAGAGAGAGAGAGAGAGAGAGAGAGAGAACUGAUGUACAGCUGAGAAAGGUUUCUGUCCUUAAGUGGUCCAGGUCAGCAGUUGAAUAUGGUGCAGACCACAGAAAGGAGGCAAGAGCUGCCCAGUGCCUGAUUCUGGAGAAGCAGGAGCAGAGCCCAAUGGGAGGCCGAGGCCACGCCACCACCUCCGCCCUGGUGGGCUUCAUCCAGCUUUCUGGGGCAAGAUGUGAAGAGAAUUGUGCCAAUCCUGAACAUUGCCUAACCACAGACUGGGUACAUCUCUGGUAUAUAUGGUUGCUGGUGGUCAUCGGGGGGUUGCUGCUUCUGUGUGGCCUGACUUCGGCGUGCUUCCGCUGCUGCUGUUUGAGUCGCCAGCAAAAUGGGGAAGACGGGGGCCCGCCCCCCUACGAAGUGACAGUCAUCGCUUUUGAUCAUGACAGCACCCUCCAGAGUACCAUCACGUCCUUGCAAUCAGUGUUUGGGCCUGCUGCGAGAAGAAUCCUGGCUGUGGCUCAUUCCCACAGUUCCCUGGGCCAAGUGCCUUCCUCUUUGGAUACCCUCCCCGGCUAUGAAGAAGCACUUCAUAUGAGUCGCUUUACCGUAGCACGGUGUGGGCAGAAAGCACCUGAUCUACCCCCUGUACCCGAAGAAAGACAGCUGACUCCCAGGGAGAAGGAGUCUCCUCGAAGAGAGCGCUCUCCUAAUUGACGGAAACUUUGCUUUGCUUAAGAACGGGAGGAUCUCAAGCGUGCCGAGGUGCAUAGACUUAUGGGACAUUUCCUCCUCUCAAAGAUUAAGGGAGCCAUCCAAACAGGAUUCUGUGAAAAAGAUGAGUGAUUGCUCUUGGUUCUCAGCCAAUUUCCCAUGCUUGAUCUAGUGGCCGGAAUUGGCAACUGACCUUUAGCCAUGCCAAUUACCACAAAACCAGGAAAGCACCAAAAGUGUUUCAAAAACCUUCCUGGAUUCAGAAUAUAGAGAGGAUCUUUAAUUAUAUGAUACUGCAAGUUGGCUUUCUCUCUGCCGACUGGGAGUGGUACACAUCAGGAGAAUGGGCACAGGGCAGGUCCAACCCAAUCCUGAUGCAUCAACACCCUGCUUCUGAAGAGAACGGCCAGUUUCCACUGAAGAGAACCAUCGUCUUGGACAGCUUCAUAGCCAAGUGGCUGUCCAGAAUCCAGGGGUAGGGGGACCAGUCUGGGCUGAGGGAACGCCUGACAGAACCGACACAAGGAAAACCAAGGUUUGCAGGCCCACUCACCAGGAUUAUAAAAAAACUGCACAGAAUCUAAUAAGCAUUCCAUUAGUUCUCCAUUUCGCUUCUGAAAACGUGUGCGGACACACACACAAACACGCAUGCCGUUCUUUCUAAGGUAAUUUUGUGAUACCUAGGAGUAGCAUUGCUUUGCCUUUCUCGCCAUUCCCACAUUGACUGCUUCAAGCCUCAAAGUGUGUAUCCAGGAGCUGAGGACAUUAGUCUCUGGUUUGGGCCCUCUCCGCCACCUACUGGACAAUUGUGGUAAUUCUCUUCUCCCUUUAGGGCCUCUCAGCUUUUGUAAGCUUGAAGGGGCAUCUUUCCCUAGCAUCAGGCUGCUUACUGUGUAAUGAAAACCUGUCCACAAAAAAUGCUAUCCUACUUAAAGUGAUGCUGCUGGGAAUCCGAGGAAUUGUGUAUUGGGGGGAAAUAUUCAUCAGUGAUCUUGAAGCAGCACUUGCAUCUUUAAAACUAAUUUUCAGUUCUGAAAAAUAGGGGGUACUGCCUGUAGAAGGGGAAGGUGACAUGGGGUGGCAUCUGGCUAUCAUCUUUUUUUUUUAACUCUCUUGUGACACCAAAUAUCUCUCCCAUGGUACUCUGCUUCUGUGACUGGGAUUGUUAAUACAUUGUAAAGGCCACACAGAAUUUAGAGACCAAGUUCACGAUUAUGGGGUUUCUUAGGGAAGUUUCUUAGGGACAAUCCAGCUAUUCAGUCAAGACAGUCUCUUCUCUGCCAUGACACAGGCAGGCCCUCAGCCAUUUGCCCUGGCCUCUGCCCUACAUGGGCUGCAUGGGCAAUGGUAAGCUCUUCUAAGGCUGCCAGCGAAUGCCCAAAAGGGAGGUCACACCACCGUAAACCUCAGCCUAAAGGUACCCAGCUCCUCCAGUUAACUGUCCAGAAGUACCCCCUCCACAAACAAGUCUCUUGUUCCAAAGUUCAACUGUUUUUCCCCUGUGGGCUGGCAAGGCCACCGUUGUCUCGUACUCUGGCUUCAGGUUCUAGUGCUACUGCUCCUCUGGGGUCAAAGCUGUGUCCUGGGUAAAGGAGUUUCAGUGGCCAGGUAUCUCCUGGUUCUUCACUCUUGCUGGUAACAAAAUCAGCUUCUGAGGUGGCUGAUUUUAUACACAGCAGGAAGGCUGUCGCCAUUAACCUUAUUAACAAUCACUCACAGUUGAAUCAUAUAAUAUAAUCAGUACGUUUCCCCAUCUUCUUCCCAGACCCAUCAGUAAAACGAAGAUCAUUUGUCAGAGUAACAAAGACUGUGGCUCAAAGACCUCUAUUUAAAAACUCACUGUAGUGCAAUGCCUCUCAGGAGUGUUGUAAGGUUCAAAUGACCUAACCAUAUGUUACAUGAUUUAUAAAAUCUUAUGUAAUUUUUUUGCUAUUAUUCUUAUUAUUGACAUCAAAUCUGAAUCUGUCUACUGUGAUUCUACUCAAUAUUGUUUUCUGAUUCAUCCCUUUGUCUGCUUGCUACACUAUUCCUAAACUGUACUGAGGUGGCUUUGUUGUAUCAAUAAAUAUUUGUGCUCGAAGUAAUAACCAGA